CUCUCUCUCUCUAUUUACAGGCAAGCAUCGCGCAUAAAACAGUGGCUGGGCAAUAGAAAAAGCAGACAGCGUACGGCUCUGCUUCUGGGCCAAAACAGAGUUGCCUUUUGUGCCCCGGCUUGGCAAUUGGCCAAGUUAAUAGAGAGCGUGAGCAGACGCCAAUAAUGACGUUGCUGCUGCAGCAGCUGCUCCUGAUGUUGAUGAAGACGUCGCUAACUUGGUUAUUGCUGCUGCCAGCAUAGAAAAUUGUCAGAUACCCAGACCGAGCCAAAGGCAGACCUUAAAUAAAACAAAGACAUUCGCUCAGCUCGCCCCCACUGCCCACGGCGACUCGCUGCUGACCGAGUACCACAGGCCAGGAGCCAGGAGCCGGCUUACUGCAUUUCCGGUUGUUGUUCCUGUCGCCGCUGUCACCAUGCCGCCACUCCACAUGGCCGAGAGCAGCGGCAUGGCCUGGCCGCUCCUGCUCGCUGUGAUUGUGAUUGUGCUCAGCGAUUUGACAAAUGGCGGCGUGCAUGGACCCAUCGAGGGCUACAACUCGUUGGAUGAGCUGGCAACGACGCCGUCAGGACUGGCCACGAUUCCCACUGCCGCCUACACGCAUCCCAAAUGGAUGGAGCCGUAUUUUGAUCCCUCGACGCCCCGCAAUGUCACCGCCCUCAUGGGCAAAUCCGCGUAUCUCAGUUGCCGCGUGCGCAAUUUGGCCAACAAAACGGUAUCCUGGAUACGGCAUCGGGACAUACACAUAUUGACAGUGGGCUCCUAUACGUACACGUCCGAUCAGAGGUUUCAGGCCACACAUCAUCAGGACACCGACGACUGGACGCUGCAGAUAAAAUGGGCCCAGAAGCGAGAUGCGGGCAUGUACGAGUGCCAGAUAUCAACCCAGCCCGUUCGCAGUUAUUUUGUACGUCUAAAUGUUGUCGUGCCAACGGCGACCAUACUUGGCGGACCUGACCUUCAUGUUGAUAAAGGCAGCACCAUAAAUCUCACUUGCACUGUGAAGUUCAGCCCCGAGCCGCCGGCCUACAUAUUCUGGUACCAUCACGAGGAGGUCAUUAAUUAUGAUUCAUCAAGAGGCGGCGUGUCGGUAAUUACCGAAAAGGGCGAUGUGACAACCUCAUUUCUGCUCAUACAGAAUGCAGAUCUGGCCGAUUCCGGCAAAUACUCGUGCUCCCCCUCCAACGCAGAUGUUGCCAGUGUGCGUGUGCAUGUUCUAAAUGGUGAACAUCCGGAGGCAAUGCAAACUGGCUCAUCCGGUUGCCAGUACAAUUGGCUGACAAUUGUCAUGCUGCUGGGCCUCGUGCUCGGCUACAGUCAGCGGCAGCAGCAGCAUUGUGCCACACUUGCCGCACCAGCCGCCUGCAACAGAGACGGCGUCACGCUCGCGGCCAGUGAAAGUGACAGACGCAGAACAGCAGGAGCAACGACUACAGCAGGAGCAGCAGCGACACGGACUGCUGCUGGCCAUGGGCUGCAGAUAUACAGAUGUAGCUGUGCCUCUGGAUGCGGAUACGGAUGCGAAUGUGGCAAUAGCUGCACGCUGUAA